AUGGAUAUAGAACCUAAGGAAAAUUCCGAUUUACUGAAGAAAAUUAAUACUACUGAAACAAAUGGUAACUUAAAUCAUGAAGAACAAGGGGGUCCUCCAGAUGGAGGAUUUAGAGCAUAUGCAGUCUUGGUUGGAUCUUUCAUGACAAACGGUCUUGUCUUUGGAGUGAUAAAUUCAUAUAGUGUGAUAUUUCCGGUUGUGGAGAGCUAUGUACAAAGUCAAAAUGUAACGAACGCAUCAAGUUGCGCAUCUCUGGUGGGCAGUCUAGCAAUGGGGGCCACGUUUUUCAUGUCACCGUUGUCAGGUGUACUGGCCGGAAUUUUGGGACUCCGAAUGACCGCUGUACUUGGUGGCAGUAUCGCAGCUACGGGCAUGUUUUUAUCCUCCUUUGUUGUCGAUAAUGUGUCUGCUCUCUAUUUUACCUACGGCAUUAUGUACGGUGUAGGAGCGUCUUUGGCUUAUAUCCCGUCUCUUGCUAUCCUAGGGCAUUAUUUCAAAAAACAUUUGGGUAAAGUAAAUGGUGUGGUGACAAUUGGCAGUUCUAUAUUUACUGUAAUUAUGCCUGAAAUAAUGAAAUAUAUGAUUGGAAAUUAUGGGCUAGAUUGGUUGUUCCGGCUGUUAGCAAUCUUCACCUUAGGUAUGGCAUUUUGUGGUUUAUUAUUUAAACCUAUUCCAUUUAUGAUAAUUGAAAAACCAAUAAAAAAAAGAGGGUUUAAAGCUUUUUUGAAAAAAGUAAUUAAUGUCCAAAUAUGGAAAAUUAGAAAGUAUGCAAUUUGGGCUUUAUCAAUGCCCGUCGCUCUUUUUGGGUAUUUCGUUCCCUAUGUCUUUAUUGGCGCAUUCGUCAAGGUUAACUUCCCGCUCUCUAAUGCGAUUCUACCCUUGCAGUGUAUAGCUGUAACAUCGGGCUUGGGCAGAUUGAUCUUUGGCUGUUUAGCCGAUAAGCCGGGUAUAGAUAGAAUUUUUUUGCAACAGAUUUCUUUUUAUGCUAUCGGUACUCUGACAAUUAUUUUGCCGUUUAUGAACUUGUUUGGACUGGUAGUUGCCAUAUCUCUAGGAAUGGGAUUAUUCGACGGUGCAUUUAUUUCCUUAAUCGGACCCAUAGCAUUUCAGCUAUGUGGCGGUGCUUAUGCGGCGCAAGCUAUUGGUUGCAUGUUGGGCUUGGCAGCCACUCCGUUAUCAGUAGGUCCACCGAUAGCUGCCUACCUUUUUGAAAUCCAUAAAUCUUACACACUGCCCUUUGCUCUUGCUGGUAUAUCUCCAAUAGUUGGCGCAACUUUAAUGUUUGCUGUGCAUUACAAAGGGUUUUCUUCAAAUCGGGACUCUUCUACAUCAAAUGGUGUCCCAACACAAUCAAAUGCUAUAUCUAUAGAAAGAUCGCCAUCAGGCUCGUUACUUAGGAGAGAAGAAAUUUAUGAUCAGUCAACAUUAUAA